AUGCCACGCUCGAAGAAUCCACAGCCUCCGGCGAUACAGCCUCAGAUUGCGCAAUCGCAGUUGCAGCCGACGCCAGCGACAUUCGUCGUCAGGGAGGAGCCGCUUGAUAAAGUGAUGGCAGCUCAUAGGGACCGAAGGGUCAAAGCGACCAUACCGUUCCCUAGGCCUCCGGGAAAAAAGCAAUUUUCCAUCGAGAUAAUAACCAAGGUAUACAACUAUUUGGACAAUGACAACCCUUCAAGAAAGAACUGGGACGAUGCUCUGGGUGGAUUCGACUAUGCGGUCGGAGCUGUACACGAAGCCAGAUCUACGGGUCUCGACUUUGCGGACAGCUUGAUCAAGAUCAGCCCCUAUGACCACUAUAGAACUAAGAAGGAGAGAAUCUCACUCCUUAUGGACAAGGCACUGCACUCCAGCAACGAGAAGCCCGAUAGUGACCUGCGUUCACGCAUUAAUAAGGUCCGAGACGGGACUUUUGGCGACCAAUUUUGCCACGUUUGCGGCAAGAGAAGGGUUGCCCAAAUGAAGCUACUAGAUUUUUUGCAUUUCUGCAAAAUGUGUCGCAGCUGCGAAGCCCAAUGUUGGGUCCCGGAGAACGGCCACAUAUUGUUCGUUGAGUACCAUCCUUAUAUUCAGUACCUGGUCCCUCUUAUAUCUGGGUGCUUGAAGCCUUCACCACGAUUUCUCGAGAACCGCCGCGAAUUGGAAGUUGAAUUCGAUGACAUCAACUUACGUCCUAAUGGAACCUAUCCUCGCCUAGAGGCGGUGGAGCAAGUCCUGACGCUGUACAACAUGUCUCUCGACGAGUUCUGGACGAAUUUGCAGUCUGACGGAGAGUUCCGCUGGCAGGUUUUGCUCAAGUCUUACGAGAUAAUCUUUAUCCGCUUGUUUCAAAAGGAACUACAAGACUGGAUGGAGACUGGCAGCAGCGGCAACUUCGGUUCCAUCGGCACAGACAUGUCUUUGCAUGCCUGGCUUGCGCACCUGGACGUGCUCCACUCGACAACCACUUGCGUCAAGGAUCGCGCGAAGGGAUACAUCAGGACGAAUUAUACAAGCUUCAAGAGCACCGUCGAGAGCGUCAUGAAGGCGACAGAGGCUUCCGUAAAGUCUGGAGAGAUCUUGCAGCGUGAAGGCCUAUAUACGCGUUACCACCACUACAUGCCUUUAUACGAGCAGAUUUCCUCCGACGAAAUCCUCGAGUUCAUGCAGCCAUUCUUCGAGUCGGUUGUGGACGAUAUGUUUUCUGCUUCGGUUGGAAAGCUUGAGGCUUUGAUACGCGCCAAGAACAUCGUCAUUUUCCGUCCACCGCUGGAAGUACUGGACCCCCAGUUGCGGCAGCUUAUUACGCCUGAGAGGAAGUUCAACAAGAACAACGAGUGGUGGCUGAGACGUAUCUCCAGAUACCUGCCUUACUACUCUCAUACCCACGAUGGAGACAAGCCGGUAUACAUACUCGGCAAUAUAUGGGCCGGCGUACUUGGCCCAAUGUUUAAGAACGCAGAUACCAAGUCGAUGUUGACCGUGCUGCCUUGUUCCGUUCAGGCGCCGCCGUGUCCCACCAUGGGUAACAUGGCACCGUUGGGUUGUCGUUCGACUGAAGCGUCCCGCAUGACCAACAGCCCCAUGGGUUGCAAAGCUCUGUAUCGCCACAGCACCACGGGCACCAUGGUGCCGCUUGGUACAGCUGAAGCCUCCGGCAUGGCCCACAACUCCGUGCUUCACCAAGCUUCGUAUCCUGGCAACACCAUGGGCAACACGGCGCUGCUUAGCUCAACCGGAGCCUCCCGCCCGCUCAACAGUCCCAUGGGUUAUGGGGCUUUGUGUCACUACAACACCACGGGCAACACGGCGCUGCCUGGUUCAACCGGAGCUUCCCGCACGGCCAGCAACCCCAUGCUUUACCGGUCCCCGUAUGCUGACAACACCACGGGUAACUCGGCGGCGGUGGGCUCAGCUGGAGCCUCCAGUACAGCCUACAACCCCUUGGGUUACAAGGCCCCCCAUCUUGGCGCCACCAUGAGCAACACCACGGCGCAUGGCCCAAUUGGAUACUACGCCAGAGCCAACAACGCCGUGCUCUACCGGCCCCCGUAUACUGACAAGAGUACGGGCAACAUGAUGCCGGCUGCUCCAGCUGGAGCCUUCGACACGCCCUACAACCGCGAGAGUAACGUGGCUCCGCAUACCCACGGCUACCUCAACACGGCUCCGCCCGGAAGGAACGGCGCAGCCGGCCAGAAGCGUCCUAGCCCAUGGGAAAAUGAGCCUCAAGAGCCGUCGGGACAGCCUCACGGGGCUAAGCGCCCGAGAAAGUCGUCUUAG